CAAGUGCUACAGUUUGCGACACUCGUGAUUUUGACGUAUUAUUAUCGUGAUAAUGUUGCAUACGUGCUGUUCAGCUAUUGUAUCGUGGAGAAAUGUAAAUAAACCGUUGAUUAGGUGACUGAUUAUUCAUUAAUCACGCAUAUUGAGGAGGAAAUAUGUUUGUGGACAGAUACACUGGUCAAUUGGUAAUCCAAAGAUGAAUUUGGUGAUAUACAGUGGACUUGGAGGCUCUGUGAUUCUCCUGAUAGCCCUAUUCGGUUUAGGAACAGUAAUUAAAAUAAUUCUCUGCCUCCUCGUCGUAAUCUUAGGAACAUUAAUUUGUAUAUAUCGAAAAUAUGCGCCAACCCUCGAGGAAAAUAUCAAACUUAACCGAGAAAACUUACUCAAGAAGACUGAAAAACUGCAGCGUACUAUUGAUGAACUCUCAAAGUCCAAAGUCACCUUUACCCUGGAUAAGCGUGUCACAGGUAGUCCAAUAAUUGACGAGUCCCUCCAGGAGAUCCUGGACUUCGUUCUCCGUGACUACGUGGAGCCUUGGUACAGCGUUCUAACCAAUGACGACGAGUUUCCCCGUUCAGUCCGUGACACAGCUCAAAAAAUCGCCAUCAACAUCGCGAAUCGUGUGAAGGACGUGGACUGGAUUCCUUACUUGACGACUCGUCUAGUCGAUGAUGCAGCAUCCCACAUGCGUCUGUACCGCCAGGCACGUGCAAAGAUGAAACCGCCGAAGGCUCCGAAGACGAGCUCGAGCAACUCCAGUGGCACCCCAAAGCGUUCCCCAAGUCACAGGCGAAACAAGAGCGAGACGGACAUCUCCUGGUACUCCCAGUCAAAAUUUUACAUUCCAAAUUUGACGUCGUUGACGGAGCCCCUGGACUGCCGCGAUGAGGAUGACCUCGAGAAUAUCUUUUUUGACUUGGAAGUUCAAAUGGAAAACAGCCUGAUCAGUCGUGAUUUGGUCUGUACGAACGAGGAGCAGGAGCUAACCUUCCUGCGAGAAUUGUCCGAGAUUCUAUUGUAUUUACUCCUCCCAAAGACCGACUUCGACUGUCUGACAGUGAGAUUCAUCCUCCGGGAGCUCCUGGUGAACGCCAUAAUCAUCCCCCUGCUGAACCUCUUCUCGGAUCCGGAUUACAUCAAUCAGGCUUGCAUAUGGCUGUGCACCAAAGACUCAACGCUCCCCAGCGACGUAUUCCUAACGAUAAUAAGGAUAACAGACAGCCUGGAGGAGCUGACUGCCACCAAGAACAUCGUCUGCAGCGAGAUUGCACACCUGAGGUCUAAGGAUUCCGGGGGUGAUGAUGAUCUGACCGUCAAACAGCAGUUAAACAGUCUCCUGUACGUGAAGAAGAUCCUUGAGACGAGGAUAGUCGGCAUGCAGGAUGGUCUUGACAACGAGGCUGAUGGCGUUGGUGUACCACCAGACUGGAAUCGUCUCCUCGUUCCUGGCCACAAACUCGUCAACUUACCCCUCGACGAAUUACUUAAGAACAACAUUGCAUUGAGCUAUUUCAUCGACUACAUGACGAGCGUCAACGCAGAGGCUUAUCUGUACUUCUACUUAAAUAUUUAUGGCUGGAGGGUGUCGGCUGAACAGCAGAUAUCGGACAUCGAGCUGCAGAAGCUCCACACGGGUGGUCAGCCGAAUCAGUCCAAGAGGAAGAAUGUUAAUCUUGAGAAUUUAAAAGAGGCUGCUCUAAAAAUCCAUCAGCAAUAUCUCGGCGAUAAAGCUGUCAGUCGACUUCAAUUGGAUGAUAACCUGGUGAAGAAUUUACUGGUGAGGAUCAAGGUGGAGGCUGUCAAGGAGACUUGGUUCGAUGAGCUGCAGAGUUGCUGCCAUGAGAAACUGAAGAACGAGGAUAGGUUCCUUCCUUCCUUCAAGCGUUCCAUGUCUUACGUCAAACUGCUGGCUGAAUUGGAUCUCCUGAAGGAGGAUGAUAGCAAGUCAUUGGAUGGUAUCAGCCUGUCAAGCAUGAACAACGAGUUGGAUCCGAUGGAUGAGCUCCCCGGGAAUGAUCAUGUCAAAAACUCCUGUGGUGACAGUGUAAAAUCCAACUCCAAUUCCUCAGCCAGUUUGACGAGCAUGGAGCGGGAAAGUGCGGCUUACGACGAGACCGACGCUGACGGCAACUGCAAGAGGCCCUUCGACGUCGAGGGGAGAAUCCUCGAGGGCAAGGAGGCGUCCUUCUAUCUUGAAGGCCAUGCCGAGCAGAUAAUCAAACUCGAUGACACAGCCUGCGAUCAGAAUGCCAUCAAGAAGCUCCAGCAGGGGAGGUUCGAGAUCACAGCGGAGAUCAUUGAGACCGGGGUCGUUAGUGACAGGGGUAAGACUUAUGGAAUUUACGCUGUUGCUGUCGCCAAGAUCUACGACUCUGGCUACAAGGAAAAGUGGCACAUCUACCGGAGAUACUCCGACUUCCACGAUCUCCAUCAGAAGAUCAAGGAGAAGUACUACGACCUGGCGAAGCUACCCUUUCCGGCGAAGAAAGCCUUCCACAACGUGGAGAGAACUGUCCUGGAGAGAAGAAUGGCGAUGCUGAAUGCAUGGCUCUGCAAGCUUACGAAGCCCACCAUCACUGAUGGACAUAUGGGCCUGCAGAACAUGCUGCUGGCCUUCUUGGAGCAAGGGGAGUACGACAAGGGAGUCACUGGGGGGCAAAUUUCCAGAACCAUUGACACACUGGUGAACCCCUUGAAAACCUCCAUGAAGAGUGUGACACAGGCUGUCAAGACUAUGCCUGAUAAUAUGCUCAGCACUGUCGAUGGGGUCAUGGAUAAUAUCAGCAAGUUCUUUGGGAACUCUAGGAAGAACAGUGUUCUCUAUGAGAGCGUCAAGGUCGGGGCGGGAAUCGAUGCUGAGACCGAUGACAAUAUUCCGUUAAGAAUUAUUCUUCUCCUGAUGGACGAAGUGUUCGAUCUCAAGGUCAGGAAUCAGUGGCUGAGGAGGAGAAUCGUCACACUCUUAAGGCAGAUCAUCAGGACGAUGUUUGGGGAUAUUGUGAACAGGAGAAUCGUUGAAUAUGUCUCACUACUGACGAGCCCUAAAAAUGUUGCUACUUAUCUGAAGUUGUUCAAACAAAGCCAGUGGCCGAAUGGGGCCAGAGCAGAGGCUAGACCUCCACGAGACAACGAGACGAAAAAUCGAACUCGCGUUGCAGCUAAAAUCGCCCUCCUCUCUUGCCUCUCAGACGAAUUGAAACAUAUCAUUGGUAGUGAAACUACACGAUGUGGACUAUUACGUGUUUUUGAAUUAUUUCAACGUCCCGUACUCAACAGAAGACUGCUCUAUGUUCUGCUAGAAGGUAUUAUUGAGAAUUUAUUCCCCCAGAACGACUUAGUUACCAUCAUUAGAAAAUUAUACUCAGUAUCGCCGAGGGUCAAGAGCAAAAAGACGAACUCUUGACAGGAGCUUUAUCAGCAGAGACGAUCUAGUGAUAUGUCUUGAUCGUGUGGGAAAGCAAAAUGAUGACAUUGAUUCGGAUUUGUUGUAGAUAUUUCAUUCUAAGUAUUAUAUUUUUUUAUUUAAAUAUUAUUUCAUGUGCUUUUCUUCUUCCAAUGUUCGUAGAUUUCGGUUUCAAAUUAUGGCUUCAGCAAAAAUAUUUCUCGAUUUUUUUUCUUCAUUCAUAAUUCGAGAGAUAUAAUUUGAGCUAAAAACUUGAAACGAAAUCGAAAGAAAAUUCGAAGGACAUUCAGGCACAAUCCAACUACUGUUAUAAAUACCGUUAUAUCCAGAUUAAUGUCAUUAUUUAAAUUUUUCGAUCGAAAUAACUUAAAUUUUAAUCUUUGACUAACGGCCAAUUUUUACUGUUUAAAAUUGGUGAAUGAAAAAAAUGAAUCUCAAGGCGAUGCAUUAUUAACUAAAAUCAAUUUCUGGGAAUUGUUUUUGAGCCUGAGAGAGAUUAAAUACAUUUUGUGACUUAUAUGGCAGCCAAAAAUUCUAGAGCUAAAAAUUCUGAUAGCUAAAUUUUCACUGCUGAAUUCAAUGGCAUCUGGAAUGGAAUUGCGUAUGAACUCAGCAAUUUGGAGGCAACUAAAAUUAAAAAUGACUAAUGAGGGAACAAAACGAAAGUUCAAAAUCGCUUUCUAUUUAAAAUUUCAUGUAAUCAUCAGCAGCUUUCGUUGAAAUCGUAAACUAGUGGACUAUUUAUCGUGGCCAAAAAGAUAUUGUAGAUUAAAGAUUCAACUGAUUGCCUAUAAUUCAAACAAUGUGAUUAAAGCAUGUUCAAGCAUUCCAUUAAACCAUACACUGACGAGAGAAGAGUUAUCCUCUUAAUAAAUUUCUCAGUGAACUCACAACCGAAUUUAUGACUCCAGUCACUGACUCAACUAACGUCUAUUUUCUGCAUAUUUUACGUGUGAAAAUCAGUUAAUCUCGAUCCAAAUGUUACUCCGCACUUUUGGAUGUAUUCAUUUAUUGGUGAUAGUCUUCAGAUCUUAUAGAUAAAUUAUAAAUCCUGCAUCAUGUGAAUGAUUAACGUAAAGGAUGAUGAGUGCAGGGGUUUGCACGACUGACUUACUUUACCUAUUAUUCACUCGACUAUUGUAAGUAAAUAAAAUUAUUGAAUUGUAUAUCAAUGUCGUAUGUAUAAAAUGUUACAGCUUAUAUAAAGUGUUUACAUAAAAAAUAAAUGGAAAAAAAAUCUUUAUACA